AUGGAACCACGGGUAAAGCAAACAUUUGAACCACUUCCAAUAUCAGCUAUCUCAGGAACUCGGACUGGAGAGCUUCUUGACCUUGUUUGUUCUGGCUUAGAGAAAGUUGAGGAAUCAAAUAUUCUUGAUGAAGAAGAGAAUGUUCCGGCAAUUUCAAUUGUUGUUAGUCCCAUCAGUGGCACUACUCGUGAUGCUAUUGAUACUGAAUUUACUGGACCAGAUGGACAGGCUUUGUCAGUGAAUCGAGCAUUUCGGGCUAUUCGUCGUUCUGAUGUUGUUGCUCUUGUUAUUGAGGCCAUGGCUUGUAUAACAGAACAGGAUAGAAAAGGAAGGAAAAGGUUGUGUGCGAUAGUUGUAAACAAGUGGGAUACAACACCAAAUAAAAAGCAGCAGACUGCAUCACACUAUGAGGAAGACGUCAGGGAGAAGCUUCGCACGCUUGACUGGGCUCCAAUUGUUUAUUCUACUGCUAUAGCUGGUCAUAAUGUUGACAAGGCUCACGGUAGACCUCAGGUAGUGGUCACAUUAUUGGCUGCGAUGGCUCUGUACAAUUUUGUAUCUAAUGGUUUUUUCUUGAUGUGUGGUGAAGGAAGUCCUGGUCAUUUCUUGAGUUUCAGCAAUAGAAAUGGACUUGAGAAUCUAUAA